GUUCUACUUCUACCUCUACAGUUCUACAGCAUAAAUAUUUAUUUGGUUCCGUGCCUUUCCUUUAAUCCCUUCAGUUCUUUUUGAUUUUGGUUUAAUAGAUUUUGAUACGUUUAAAAUGGCCCUAUAUUCAGCAAGAAACCUUGUGAAAAGUCCUACUGCUCUAGGAUUAAUACAACUACAAAUUAAUACCUUACGGGCCUUUUCUAUUGGUACACAAGUGAGCCAGAAAAAAACUUUGGCCCCCAAAAAUGGUCAGAAUAUUGUUUUAGUGGAUGGAGUGAGAACCCCUUUUUUGAUGUCUGGAACUGAUUUUGCCAAAUUGAUGCCCCAUGAAUUGGCCAAGCAAGCUCUGAGUGGUAUUUUGAAAAAGACAGGAGUUUCUAAGGACCUUAUUGAUUACAUUAUUUAUGGAACUGUAAUCCAGGAAGUGAAAACUUCAAAUAUAGCUAGGGAAGCAUCACUAGCUGCAGGCUAUAAUGAUAAAACUCCAUCUCACACUGUAACACUGGCUUGCAUCUCUUCCAAUGUUGCUAUGACAUCAGCAAUUGGGUUGAUCAAUAGUGGAGUAUAUGAUAUGAUAGUUUGUGGUGGAGUUGAAACCAUGUCUGAUGUCCCCAUCAGACACAGCAAGAAGAUGCGUAGUCUGAUGUUGAGAGCAAACAAGGCUAAAACAAUCCAACAAAAACUUUCAAUGCUAGCCACCAUCAGACCUGACUUCUUUGUCCCAGAACUCCCUGCUGUUGCUGAAUAUUCUUCUGGAGAGACAAUGGGUCAUUCAGCAGAUAGGUUGGCUGCUGCAUUUGGGGCUAGCAGAAAAGAACAAGAUGACUUUGCAUUGAGGUCACACACUUGUGCCCAACAGGCAUUUGAAAAGGGCUAUUUCACUGAUCUGAUUCCUUUCCAAGUACCUGGAGUUGAUAAGCCAGUGGACAGGGAUAAUGGAAUUCGUGUAUCUACUCCAGAAAAAAUGGCUUCACUGAAGCCAGCAUUCAUCAAGCCUCAUGGGACUGUUACUGCUGCAAAUUCAUCAUUUUUGACUGAUGGUGCAUCUGCUUGUUUAAUUACAACAGAAGAGAAAGCUAAACAACUUGGCCUCAAACCAAAGGCAUACCUUCGUAACUUCCUGUAUGUCUCUCAAGAUCCGAUCGACCAACUGCUUUUGGGACCCGCCUAUGGUACACCACAAAUUCUCGAUAAAUCUGGACUAACGCCCAAAGAAAUCGACGUUUGGGAAUUCCAUGAAGCAUUUGCAGGUCAAAUUUUGGCAAACUUCAAAGCGAUGGACAGCGACUGGUUCGCGCAACACUACAUGAACAGACAGACUAAGAUCGGCGCCCCCGACAUCAGCAAGUUCAACAACUGGGGAGGCUCCCUGUCGAUAGGACACCCCUUUGCAGCCACCGGCGUCCGACUGGCCAUGCACACUGCCAACAGAUUGGUCAGAGAAGACGGACAGUUCGGGCUUAUCGCGGCAUGUGCUGCUGGAGGCCAGGGAGUUGCUAUGAUUUUGGAAAGACACCCUGAUGCCACUCCAAACUGAGGUAUGCAAGUAUGAGAGAGAAUGAUGAAAGAUAGGAAUAUUAUGUGAGCCUUACAAUUUUUUUACAGAUUGUUGAUCUAUUUUAGCUUUUUAUUUAGUCCCAUUCAAUUUUACUUUGAACUAUAUAUAUUUAUAGGUUAACUGAAUUUAUUGUAAAUAGAUAUUUAAGUCCAAUUCUUAUUUUGUAUAAAUAAAAAUAUUGAUUUACCUUU